AAAUAUUUCGAAAAUAGCUGUGAAAAUUCCAGAGCAAAGAGCUUCUCGUUCUCGGGCAAAACGGAAUGUGGACGCACCGCAUAGUUCUGCUUUGCUGCAUGUGGAGUGCAUUUUUCGUGUGCCACAGCCAGCAGCAACAAAUCAACAUUGGUGCCUUCUUCUACGACGAUGAACUGGAGCUGGAGAAGGAGUUUAUGGCUGUGGUGAAUGCCAUCAAUGGUCCAGAGUCCGAGCAAACCUUCCGUUUGUAUCCGCUAAUAAAACGCCUCAAGCCCGAGGAUGGCAGUGUGACAAUGCAGGAGGAGGCUUGCGAUCUCAUAGAUAAUGGUGUCGCGGCUAUUUUCGGACCAAGUUCAAAGGCGUCGAGUGAUAUCGUUGCGUUGGUCUGCAACAACACGGGCAUACCCCACAUAGAAUUCGAUGUGGCGGACGAGGAGCAUGUGGCGGAGCGACCCAACCAUAAAAUGACGCUCAACAUGUAUCCCUCGCAGGUAAUACUGUCCAAGGCCUAUGCGGAUAUUGUGCAGAACUUUGGCUGGCGCAAGUUUACAAUUGUCUACGAUUCAAGUGAUGCGAAGGCCGCUGCUCGCUUGCAGGAUCUUCUACAGCUGCGUGAAGUCCACAAUGAUGUGGUGCGUGUGCGCAAGUUCCAGCAGGACGAUGACUACCGCGUCAUGUGGAAGAGCAUUCGGGGCGAGCGACGCGUGGUGCUGGACUGUCCGCCUGGCAUGCUGGUGGAGCUGCUCAAUUCCUCCUCGGAGUUUGGUCUCACGGGACAGUUCAAUCACAUAUUCCUCACCAAUCUGGAGACCUACACGGAUCAUUUGGAGGAGCUUUCGGCAGCCAAUGAGUCCUUUGCGGUGAACAUAACUGCAGCGCGUCUGCUGCUGACACCAGAGCCACCAUCUUACUCCCUGCCCUAUGGCUAUGUUACGCAGCGCGACAAUGUUGUCUUUGAGACGAAUGAUUCGCCACGCACUCUGCUCCACGAUCUCAUCCACGAUGCCCUGCAGCUGUUCUGGCAGUCGUGGCGUAAUGCCAGCUACUUCUACCCCGACCGGAUGGUUGUGCCGCGAAUGAGCUGCGACUUUGCCGCCGCCGGAGGUCGCACCUGGCAAAUGGGUCGCUAUCUCAUGCGCCUCAUGAAGGGGACUUCCGGCAUGAACAACACCAACUUUCGCACCACCAGCCUGCAGUUCGAUGACGAGGGACAGCGCAUAACCUUCAACAUUGAGGUGUACGAUCCCCUGGACGGCAUCGGCAUCGCCGUGUGGGACCCGCGGGGCCAGAUAACGCAGCGCAAUGUCGAUGCCAAGGUGCAGAAGAAGAUUAUUUAUCGCGUGGCCACACGCAUCGGGCCGCCCUACUUCUCGUACAACGAGACAGCGCGGGAGCUCAACCUCACGGGCAAUGCCAUCUACCAGGGCUAUGCGGUGGAUCUCAUCGAUGCCAUUGCCCAGGAGGUGGGCUUCGAGUAUCAGUUUGUGCCUGUGGCGGAUCAGCAGUACGGCAAGCAGGACAAGGACACGAAGCAGUGGAAUGGCAUCAUUGGGGAGAUAAUUAAUAAUGACGCUCACAUGGGCAUCUGUGAUCUGACCAUCACGCAGGCUCGUCGCACCGCUGUGGACUUUACGGUGCCCUUCAUGCAGCUGGGAGUUAGCAUUCUCGCUUACAAGAGCCCGCACAAGGUGAAGGCUUUGGAUGCCUAUCUGCAGCCCUUUGGCGGUGAAGUUUGGAUCUGGAUAUUGAUUUCUGUGUUUGUGAUGACCUUCCUAAAAGCCAUAAUGGCGCGCAUUGCCAAGACCGAGUGGGAGAAUCCACAUCCGUGCAAUCGCGAUCCCGAAGUGCUCGAGAAUCAGUGGCAUCUGAACAACACCUUCUGGCUGACGGUGGCAUCCAUUAUGACGGCAGGCUGUGACAUUUUGCCGCGCAGUCCGCAGGUGCGCAUGUUCGAGGCCACUUGGUGGAUCUUUGCCAUCAUCAUAGCCAACUCGUACACCGCCAAUCUGGCUGCCUUUCUCACCAGCUCCAAGAUGGAGGGCAGCAUUGCCAAUCUCAAGGAUUUGAGUGGCCAAAAGGAGGUGCACUUCGGCACCAUCUACGGCGGCAGCACCUACAACCUGCUGGCCGACUCCAAUGAGACAACCUACCGCCUGGCCUUCAACCUGAUGAACAACGACGAUCCCUCGGCCUACACAAAGGACAAUGCAGAGGGCGUGGAUCGCGUGCAAAAGAAUCGCGGUGACUACAUGUUCCUGAUGGAGACAACCACCCUGGAGUAUCAUCGCGAGCAGCACUGCGAUUUGCGCUCUGUGGGUGAGAAAUUCGGGGAGAAACAUUACGCCAUUGCUGUGCCCUUCGGUGCGGAGUAUCGCUCCAAUCUGAGCGUCGCCAUUCUCCACUUGAGCGAGCGCGGACAGCUGUACGAUCUGAAGCAAAAGUGGUGGAAAAAUCCAAAUUCCUCGUGCUUCGAGGAGCCCGAUCCGGAUGCCACGCCCGACAUGACAUUCGAGGAGCUGCGCGGCAUAUUCUACACACUGUACAUGGGCCUGCUGAUAGCCUUUCUCAUUGGCAUCACCGAGUUUCUGGUCUACGUGCAGCAGGUGGCACUCGAGGAGCGGCUCACAUUCAAGUUGGCAUUCAGGAAGGAGAUUCGAUUCGUGCUCUGCGUGUGGAACAACAAGAAACCCAUUACGGCGGGCACUCCUGUCUCCAGUUUGCGCACCACGCCACGUCCCUCCCUGGAGAAAUCUCUCGAACGCACUCCAAAGUCGAGCCGGCGCAUAGUGCUUGGCCGCUCCUCCGAGGAGAUGUGUGAACUCCCAGCUGGUGGCGCAUCCUCCAGCUCCAGCUCCUCAAACACGCAGAAAUCGAACAGGAAGAAAAAGCAACAAGAGGCGCGUCUCUGAAGAGAGUUUUCCCCCCAAUAAAAAUUUGUGCCUGGUUCCGUAAUCAAUUUGGCGCUUCUUUAAGCUUGAAA